AUGAAUCCAUCAGUACCGAAGGUUAUGAAAAGAGAAAACAAUACACACCUACUAGUUUCUAAAGAAAUGAAUGAUACGAGUUUGCAACUACCGUCUACUACGAGAUCACUUUCACCGAAAGAGUCAAACAGCAAUGAAGACUUUAACGUCGAUGGCAACGAAACAACGCUGCAAAGAAUAAGUAAAGAUUAUUUGAAACCAAAUAUUGGGCUUGUUCUCUUGACAGUAUCAUAUUUCUUCAACUCGGCCAUGGUGGUGUCUACUAAAGUCUUAGAAAACGACCCCGAUGAUAUUGCCAAUGAUAGACAGAUCAAGCCAUUGCAAAUCUUAUUAGUUAGAAUGGUAAUAACAUAUAUUGGUACAUUGAUAUACAUGUAUAUUAAUAAGAGCACAAUUUCGGAUGUACCAUUUGGUAAACCUGAAGUACGCAAAUGGUUAGUAUUGAGAGGUUGCACUGGAUUUUUCGGUGUCUUUGGAAUGUAUUAUUCGUUAAUGUACUUGACGAUUAGUGAUGCCGUUUUGAUCACUUUUUUGGCACCAUCACUAACAAUAUUCCUGUCGUGGGUUAUCCUGAGGGAAAGAUUCACCAAAGUGGAAGCGCUCGGUUCGCUGAUCUCAUUGCUGGGCGUGGUGUUAAUUGUAAGGCCUUCAUUUUUAUUUGGAACUCCCGAAUUGACCGACUCUUCCUCUCAAAUAGUAGAAUCAUCGGACCCAAAAUCGAGAUUGAUUGCCACUUUGGUUGGGUUGUGGGGUGUUUUAGGGAUGAGUUGCGUCUACAUCAUUAUUCGUUAUAUUGGUAAGAGGGCUCACGCUAUAAUGAGUGUGAGUUAUUUUUCUUUGAUCACAGCGAUAGUGUCUUUCAUUGGGAUUAACACUAUCCCUUCAAUGAAAUUCCAGAUACCACAUUCCAAAAAACAAUGGAUACUGUUUGGUAAUCUGGGUGUGUCCGGCUUUAUCUUCCAGCUGCUAUUAACUAUGGGUAUCCAAAGAGAACGUGCUGGAAGAGGGUCUUUGAUGACAUACACACAACUACUAUAUGCGGUUUUCUGGGACGUUGCACUGUACAAGCAUUGGCCAAAUAUCUGGUCGUGGAUUGGUAUGAUAAUCAUCAUAAGUGCCACGUUGUGGGUAAUAAGGAUAAGGGCGGCAAACAAUGAAACAACUGCCAAGGACCUAACCCCAAUAAUUGACGACGAAGAGAACUCUAUUCCCCUGACAGAGUUUGACCUAUCCGAUUCUAAAUAA